CUACCCUUCAGCCCGCUUGCUCUCGCCCAUUGGCGUCUCCUUCUGGGAUUAACGUGACUACAGCUACGACCCCGACGAGGCUGCGUCCGAACAGGUCGGUAAGCCAUGGAUGGUCCAAAGGGCAUGGGCCAGCAUCACCCCCAUCUUCAGCGUCAAUGACCCUUUCCUUGCGUGCAACGAUCCCGGGACCCCACCACCGUCCUACAUCCCCAUCUCGGCAGGUGACAACCUCACUGCCGUGUAUUGGUACUGGCUCCACCCUGUCGGGCCGAUGACCGUGUGGCUGACCGCCUGCGGUGCGGACUGCUCGACCGUCGACGUUAACGAGGCCGAGUGGUUCAAGAUCUGGGAGGCGGGCCUGCUCAUCGGCAACGUGCCCCAGGGGAUGUGGUACCAGAAGAACUUCCAGGAAUGGGAUGGGAGCCCCGACAUCUGGCCCGUGACGAUUCCUUUGUCGUUGAAGCCCGGCCUGUACAUGGUCCGGCACGAGAUCCUGUCCCUCCACAUCCAGAACAAGCCGCAGUUCUACCCGGAAUGUGCGCACCUGAACAUUACCGGAACGGGGACCGCCUUCCCUCCGGAUGACUUCCUGAAGAAGUUCCCCGGUGCCUACGAUGAGAAUGACCCGUCCAUCAAGAUCGACAUCUAUACUGACGAGAUGAAGAAGACUGAGAACUAUACCAUCCCCGGUGGACCAAUCUGGAGCGGGUUCACGAUCCAGGACAAAUAUUGCCUCGGCUGCUGAUCUUGAGGGGCCCCUUGGUCGAUUUUUCAAUGUACAUAUUUAGAAUAGAAAUGAAUGCA